AUGUGCAGGAUCAGCAGGCUUUCCUGGUUCGCCAUCCCAGCAGCUUGCGUGUGCAUCCUGCUGGUAGUGGUAGUCCUGGCCUCCAUACUGAGUGAACUUGCUAUAGUGAAGGAAGAUGAAGACGCGAACGCUGACGACGUCCAAGGCGGUGGAGGUGGUGGCGGUGGCUCUGGAGGUGGGGGGCCCUCUGGCGGCAGCAGAGUUUUGGUCGUAACUUCUAAAGGUGUGACAUCCCGAGAGGUGCCGCUACCACCGGGGUCGCUGCUGUGCACAAUCAGUGAAGGUUUCCAGAGGUCUACGUACUCGUUUCCUCCCGAUGGGCUCUGCAGCAUAAUUACCUUCGAUUCGUUGUACUCGGCGAAUCAAACAUUGGCGCCGCCCUAUAAUCACGACUUCGAGUAUUUCCUAGAAACGGCGAUGCACUCCCAGAAAUCGGAAUUUGGCAUCGCCUUUCAUCAGAACACAAUCAGCGAAGAUGCCGCCGUGAUGCAACUUGUAAGCAACCCUUCGACGAAGAUGUAUUUGGAUGAGCUGUGGGACCGUUACCGGAUCUACCACUAUGCUCAAGUGAACGGAAGCGUGUCUUUUAAGCAAGUCGUUGCUUCCAAAGCUGUGUCAUUAGCAGCAGCAGGGUUACAGAUGAUUUCACGCCUGAUGAAUAAUAAGAAAGACCCGAAACUUCGGCCAAGCUACACGAUUGUCCACUUUUGGCUACCUGGUAUCGCAAGUGCUAUUCACCUCGGAAAGCAACUGUCGACGAGCGUAUCCUUGGACAUCUUUGUUCUCAUUGUGCACUAUCACCGGCCGGAUAUUAACUUAGCCAAUUGCCGUAUGGUAUCACCAACUAUACUGUCUCCACGCCUACUGGAAGCUUCUCUCCGGCGAGCUGAAUACAAAGUCCGCAUGACCGACAGCAUCCUUUAUCUUGCAUCCUACUACCGCAAUUGGCCUUCCACCACUCUGUGUGCUGUGACCCUCGCCAUGGGAGGGCGAUGGUACACGCCAUGUGCUCAGGGUAGGUUAGUGAUGAACCGGCCAGCAAACUACUCACUUGGGCACAAAUGCGGAUACAGCUGCGGAAAAUUCAAGAUUCACCGGGACAACCAAAUCACCGACAUUGUCAAGCUAUGCAAGUCCAAGAAGAACGCCACGAAUGUCGCCUACACCUUGGCGGCCGUGGACAUUCAGUUCGAGGAUGGCAACGGUGUCUGCGGCUACGGGUCCUACCCCCGACUGCGCAUGCUCAAGAAGCUGGCGUUGUUCUUUGCUUACAACUACACGUCAGCCGACAAGGAGUCGUCCUCCGCCCGCAACCAGGUGAAGCGUCAGGUUACCCCGGCAUCUCAGGCAUCCCCGCAGCCCUACAAGAAGGCACUACAAAGCAAGCCGGCCACUUCAGCAGCUACCCCGGACCGUCAGCAGCCCCGGGCCCCGGAGAACACCAAUGCCAAGGCGCCACCUCGGGAGAGUGUUGCAGAAGAAUCGAAGUUCGCGGUGCGGACGUAUGGAAGGUUGCAGUUCGAAAGCGUCCGAGGUCGCCACUUGUAG